AUGCCCUGGUUCAGCUCCUCAUGCGACGAGUCCGCUUGCGCUGCCGUAGACCCUAAUGCCCCAUCGACGGUCGGGUUGUUGUUCUCGCUGCUGCCAUUUAUUGCCACUUUCGCCACCGUCGCCGCCGUCGCAGACCGAAAGAUUUUCCCGAAGCUCGCGAGAGUACACGAAGCCCACGAUGGCGAGGACCACUACCUGCCGUCGCACGCACCGCCCAGCCUGCGGCAGGCGCACGCCGAACACGGACAAAAGAGCCCGAGGAGGAGAGUGGCGGCCGCCGUUUUCUCGACAACCAUCGCCCUGGCCACGGUGCUGGGCGAGUUGAUACUGAGCGAGAUCUCGGACCUGGUUAGCCGCCGCGCCCGGGAGGUGGGGCUGCGCUUCACGGUGCCCACGCUCCUGGUGCUGCUUGUCGGCAUCAUCCCCUUCCUGGAGAUCCAGAGCGUCAUUUCGGGACUCGGGUGGAAGUUUCAGAGGAAUAGCAGGGGCAAGAUCCCGCAGUUUGCCUGGGGGGUUUUGCUGCUGGUGUUUUCCGGAUGGCUGUUUGCCUUUUGGAGCUUGGGCAGCCUGGUCGGCCUCGACAAGACGACGACCGCGGGCGGGGGUGUCUUGCGCGCCUGCCUCGAGCGGAUCGGGGUCAUUGGCAUCUCGUUGAUGGCGAUGCUCAGCGGCUUCGCGGCCGUAUCGAGUCCCUGGCACACUCUUGGCGCCGCCUCGGAAAGGAGGAAGCGGCCCAUCACGGAGGCCGACAUCUCGAGGAAGGAGGCCGGUCUGGAUGCCACGAACGAGAUGCUAUUGACGAAAAGACACCGUCUCCAGGCGCUGGAGCGCAAGGCCUCCGAGGCGCAGGCAGCAUCGUCCAGCUCUGGCGGGUUCAUGGGCAAGAUGAUGGGCGCGGUGCGCGGCAUGGGCGGUGACGAGGCCGAGAUGCGCGCGCUACGGUUGGAGAUCGCGGGUCUGGAGACAAUGGAGGCCAACCUCGGCUCGUCGUUGGGCAUGAUGCGCUCCCGCCAGGCCGCCGACGCCCGCGCCGCGACGCCGCUGGGGAAGCUGCUCGCCGUGCCCCACUACAUAUUCAGCCUCUACUGUCUAUACCGGAUCCUGGCCACGACGCUGGCGAUGCUGCGGAGGACGUACUACCCCAGCUCGAGCUUCAGCUCGUCGGACCCGAUCAACCGCUUUCUGGGCCUGCUCGCGCGGCACUGGGACCCCAAGCUGGACCAGAUCGCGUGGGCGCGGCAGAUCAGCUUCCUGCUGUCCGGCGUCAUGCUCGCGGCGAGCGCCAACAGCGUGCUGCAGACGUUCCACCUCUUCUCCAAGUGGUUGCCGGGCCUGCUGUACCAGGCGCAGGCGAACCUGGCGCUGCUGAUCGGGCAGAUUACAGCCGUCUACGUCAUCAGUGCGGCGCUGCUGCUGCGGAGCAACCUGCCGAGGGAGAUGGGCAGCGCCGUCGGGGACGCGCUCGAGGGGGCGCUGGAGCCGCGGUUCGUCGACUGGUGGUUCGAGGGCUGGUUCCUGAUGAGUUGUGCCGUCACCGGGCUGGGCGUGUGGAUUUCGAGAAAGAUUGGCCGGGAGGACUGGGACGAGUACGGGUCCGAGGAGAUGGGCGCCAAGAGGAUGUAG